AUGACCGAGAUUGCCAACAUCACGCCGACACUGACCCCGCAUCUCGUCUGCGACGGCGCGGCCGACGCGAUCGCAUUCUACAGGCAGGCGUUCGGCGCCGAGGAGCUGAUGCGCAUCCCGGGCGAAGACGGCAGGCUCAUGCACGCCGCCAUCGCGAUCAACGGCGCGAUGGUGAUGCUGAUGGACGAGAUGAAGGACAUGGGUGUGCUCUCGCCGACGUCCCUCGGCGGAUCGCCGGUCACGCUGCACAUCCACGCGGCCGAUGCCGACGCCGCGAUCGCCAAGGCCGAAGCGGCCGGCGCGACGGUGGUCAUGCCCGCGUCCGACAUGUUCUGGGCGACCGCUACGGCGUGGUGA